GUCUGAACUGUUCAUAUAACUAACAACGUACCAUCUCUACUGCCGAUCAUCCACCUCACUUCUUCCCCUCAUACUAUGACCCCACGUCUCGCCUUCAUUCAUUCCUUUUGACUUAAGCGAUUGAGCAACAGGAAGGCAGUAUAAACAGAUUCGACCAAUAUCCAGAGACACCAGCAAAAAUGGCGAGCAAAGAGCCUUUGUCGUUCAUCGGUCUCGGUGCCAUGGGCUUCGGCAUGGCCACCAACCUAAUCAAGGAAGGGUACGCAGUCACGGGCUUCGACGUCUGGGCACCAACACUCGAGCGCUUUACCAAAGAGGGCGGCAGCACAGCAUCAACACCCGCCGAGGCGGCAUCCGGAAAGAACGUCUGUAUCUGCAUGGUCGCAACCGCGCAACAAGCCCAGGAGGUGCUCCUUGACGGCGAGAAGCCCGCCGUGCCAGCUCUUCCCAAGGGUGCAGUGGUCCUUUUGUGCUCCACGGUGCCAUGCAGCUAUGUGCAAGAGUUGGAAAAGGCCAUUCACGCAGCGGGUAGGCCGGAUGUGCACCUGAUCGACUGCCCAGUAUCGGGAGGUGCCAUACGCGCCGGGAACGGCACACUAUCCAUCAUGGCAGGUGCCUCGGAUGCUGCCAUCGCAAGGGGCCAGGAGCUUCUCCAGGUCAUGUCCGAUCCCGCGAAACUGUACAUUGUGGCUGGUGGCAUCGGAGCCGGCAGCAAUAUGAAAAUGUGCCACCAGGUCCUGGCAGCGAACCAGAUCGCCUCGGCGAGUGAAGCCAUGGGUCUCGCGCACCAGCUGGAUCUUGACCUCUCCAAGACGGCAGAGGCGCUGAUCAAGUCGGACGGAUGGAGCUGGAUGCUGGAGAACCGAAUGCCGCGCAUCCUGGACGCAGACCACGGUCCCCUGGCCAGCGCAGUCAACAUCAUCAUCAAGGACACGAGUAUCAUCACGGUCGAGGCGCGUAGGGCGGAAUUCCCCACGCCAAUGACCAGCACAGCGGAGCAGAUGUACUUCUUGGGUCUGGGCAAGGGAUAUGGAACCGACGAUGACGCCAGCCUCAUUCGCUUGUACACCGAGGGCAAGGGAAAACUCGGGCCUGUCAAGGCUGCGUCGACCACGGACGACGAGAAGCUGGCGUUGGUGACGAGCCUCCUCAAGGGCAUCCAUCUCUGUGCCGCGGCUGAAACACUGUCGUUUGCUCACCACGUCGGGCUGGACCUGGAGCAAGUCUUUGAGCUAUGCAUCAAUGCGGCCGGAGGCUCCGCGAUGCUGUCCAAGGUCGGCCCCAAUAUCAUGAAGGCACUGAGAGGCGAGGCUCGGGGCGGUGAUGCACUCCAGCUGGCGGACUUUGCCCGGGAUCUGGGUGCGGCGGUGGAUGAGGCGCAAAGACUCAAGGUCCCGGUGUUCUUGGGCAACUCUGCUUUGAAUCUGAUUCGAGUGGCAUUGAGGAAAGCGGGAGCCGAUGCUGCGGCAGACUCAGUUGUUAGUGUUUGGAGCUCUUGAUAGGGGUUCGAGUCGUAAUGCGUAAAGUUCCAUAAAUCAAACUCAUCAUGCCGUGUGUUGGGUCGCUCGAGUCGCUCUUGGGCCAGCUGGAGAUGAAAACCUAGGAGAUGACGUUACCGAAUCCCAAGGCCGUCAAACCUUUCCAAGUUCUAAAAAAUCUAUGAGCAUCUAUUCAGAUCGGAUUAAGAAGCAGCCUCGACCUUGGCCUCAGGAUCUUGCAAGUUUGCCGCAGCCAGCUUUUCGCCGACGGCGUCGACAUCCUCAACCUGCUUCUGGUCU